GGCCCCUCCCAGCUCGGGCUCCUCCUUGGGCCCUGAGUCGGGAAAUCUCAGUUUAUCUUUGCGCUCCGCCUCCGCAGGCAUUGUCACGCCGCGGCAUCCCGCUGCCCCCGGAGCCCAGCUACUACUCGCUGCUCCUCUCCGCGCUCCUUCUCCGCUCCCUCGCUGCUCCUACUCCUGCCUGCCCGGCCCGCCCAGCCUCUCUCUCCUUUUAUUUUGCCGCCACCUCCUCCGGGAAGUCCUCCCUAGCGGGGAGGCAAGCAUGCAGAGCGCCUGCCAGACGGAUGCGGCCCCUGGGGGGUCGGACUCUGGGGGCCGCAAGCUGGAGGGCCAGGGGAAACCAAGGCUACCCACAUUCAGGAAGAUCUGCUAUGCCCUGGGAGGUGCCCCAUACCAGCUGACUGGCAAUGCCAUUUCCUUCUUUCUGCAGAUCUUCCUUUUGGACGUAGUACAGCUGGAUCCUUUCUGGGCCUCCUCCGUUAUCUUCAUCGGCCGAGCAUGGGAUUCAGUAUCUGAUCCUCUUGUGGGUUUCCUGGUGAGCAGGAGCCCCCGGAGGAAGUGUGGCAAACUGAUUCCAUGGGUUUUGGGCUCUACCCCCUUUGGUGUCUUGCUGUACUGCCUCCUCUGGUUCACACCCUCUGGCACCCUAUCCACCUCCUGGAAGUUCUUCUGGUACCUGACCACCUACUGUUUCUUCCAGACAUGUCUGAGUUGCUACCAUGUGCCAUACACUUCGAUGACCAUGUUCCUGGGAGGAAGCCAGAGUGACCGAGACUCUGCCACUGCCUACAGGAUGGGGAUGGAGGUCCUGAGUACCCUCGUUGGCACUAGCCUCCAGGGGCUGAUUGUGGGCAAAUAUCAUGCCAGCAUGACUUUGAACUGCCAGGGGUUCAAUGGAUCCCUGUCUAAUGAGACCAUGGGCAACAACAGCACCUCCCCACUCACUGACACCUUGGAAAACACACGCAUGGCAUAUCUGACGGCAGCCAUGGUCAUCGGUUCCCUCUACUGCUUCUCCUGUGCAGUCCUUGUCCUUGGGGUGAAGGAGCAACAUGGGCCACUCAGCAUCCUGGACCAAUCCAGACUCCCAUUUGUGUACAGCCUGUUCACCAUCAUGGGCCACAGACCUUACACUCUCCUUCUAAGUGGAUUCCUUUUUGUCUCCAUGGCUUUCCAGAUGGCCCAGGGGAUCUUCGCCUUCUUCUGCACCCAUGCCGCUGGUCUCGCUGGGAGCUUCCAGUACUUGGUGCUCAUACUACUGGUGGUAGCCUCCCUCUCUAUUCCAUUCUGGCAGUGGUUCCUGGUGAAGUUUGGGAAGAAAACUGCAGUUUUUGUUGGGCUUUCACUCAUCAUCCCUGCCUUCAUUAUUCUCGUCCAAGUGACACACAACUUCCUCACCUUUGCUCUCACCAUGAUCCUGGUGGGCUGCAGCACAGCCGUGCUCUUCUUGUUGCCAUGGUCCAUGCUCCCAGACGCCAUGGAUGAUUUCCAGCUAAAGAACCCCAGCUGCCAGAACCUGGAAGCGUUCUUCUACUCUUUCUACAUCUUUGUCAACAAGUUUGGAGGCGGUCUGGCCCUGGGGAUCUCUACCAUGAGUCUACACUUUGCAGGCUACCAAGCUGGGAACUGUGAGCCAAACCCUAUGGUCAAACUGAUUCUCCGAGUGCUCAUGGCCCCCGUUCCUAUCACCUUGUUGAUCAUUGGCCUGACCAUCUUCUGCUUCUACCCCAUCGAUGAGGAAAAGAGGAAGGAGAACAGAGCAAAGAUGGAGGCAGCCAAGGAUCCAUUAUGCCAGCAGUUGUGAUCCCAGGAGCUAGUUGCAAAAGGAGCCAAGUUCCACUUUGCAUGAGCAUGAGGAUGGUGGUACAGUUGGAGGAACAAUAAACAUCUGGUGGGGCCUUUUCCUUGCAGCUCUUCCAGGGAAGGUUCCUGUUUAGUCAGUCAGCAAGCUGUGUCAGUCAAUUGAGGAUAUGUGCCAGACUCAGAGGGAAGAAGAAUACACUCGGAGGAACUCCAGGAUAUCUCCUUGCAUCCUUCCUGGUUGAAAACAUGACCUCAACUGUCAACCCUGGACAGAACCUUAGAGAUCAUCUGAUCCAAACCUCUUCUGUAAGGAGGAAGGAACAAAGGCCCAGAGAGGGCAACUGAUUUAUCCAGAGCCACACAAGCAGGGCUAGCACCCAAGUCUCUUGACGCCCAAGUCUUAUGUUCUUUCCAGAACACUACAUUGCUUCUCCUUGAAUCUCUGGCUCACUGGGGGUAAAUGCAACUUUUGGGGUAUAUUGACAUAAAAGAGGUUGUCAUGCUUCCUUUAUUGCAGACAACAGAGAGCAAGCAUGGUUUUAGACCCAUUCUCAGGAGGCCCAAGACAACCAAAGCCAUCCUGAAUGCUUACCUCUUUGACAGGGCUAGGUCUACAAGCCCAACCUCUUCUACAAAGAUUCACCUUUAUAUAGUAAUUAAAAGUUGGGGACACUAAAGGAAGCUGAGGUUCAGAGGACUAAGAGGAUUUGCCUGUCACACAGGGAAUAAGAGACAGAGCUGGGAUUAAAACCAUGGUCCUCUGUCUUUAAGCCUUGAGCUCCUUCCACUUAAUUUCUCUUUGCCUCAGUUUCAUCAUCUAUAAAAUAGGGAUCAGUAAUAGGGAUCCUUAUCUGUAAAAUGGGGCAACUAGGUGGCACAGUGGUUAGAGUUGU